AUGGGUUCGGUGGGCAACCCUGCAUAUACAUGGAGCGAUCAUUACAUCGCUGAGCCAAAACCAGUCCGAGUCAUUGCCAUUGGCGCUGGUAUUUCAGGCAUAGCCUUCGUUCACAAGGUCAAGAACCUAGAAAAUGUCGACUUUAUUGUCUAUGAGAAAAACGCAGAUGUAGGAGGCACCUGGCUCGAGGCACGAUAUCCUGGCGUGUCGUGCGACGUCCCUGCUCACAGCUAUACUUAUUCGUGGGUCGGCAACCCUUCAUGGUCAAAGGUGUAUGUCGGAGCUGUGGAGAUUUGUGAGUUCUACAAGAGGCUUGCUCGAAGCUAUGGGGUUUACGAAAAGACCAUGUUUCGACAUCAAGUAGUCGGAGCCGAGUGGGAAGACAAGACUUCGCAAUGGAAAGUCACCAUCAAAGACCUCAACACCGGCAAGGUCCUCAUUGAUCAUGCAGAAGUUUUGCUAAAUCUCGGCGGCAUUUUAAAUAACUGGAAAUGGCCUGACAUUCAGGGGCUCCACGAAUUCAAGGGCGACAUGGUUCAUUCAGCGAACUGGAACAUGGACCUUGAGUUGAGCGGUAAACGAGUAGCGGUCAUUGGGUCAGGUGCUUCAGGAAUCCAGAUCGUCCCGGCCAUACAACCCGUGGCAAAGAAGGUAAUCAGCUUCAACCGCUCAGCUAACUGGAUCGCUGGGGAAUUCGCUGCAACAGUUGCCUGGGAUGGCCGUGACAGCGUCUAUACAGAAGAGCAAAAGGCCGAAUUUCGAUCAGAUGGAGAUGGAUUCCGUGAAUAUCGGCGAAAGGUAGAGCAUGAAGUGAAUGCAAGAUUUCCUGCCUUUUACAGGAACUCGGCAGCUCAAAAGCUUGUCAGAAAUUUGGUGACCGAGUCUAUGAAGAGGAGGUUGAAUAACGAUCCGGUAUUGACCAAGUCUCUGAUACCGGACUUCCCAGUUGGUUGUCGCCGAGUCACUCCCGGGUCCGGGUACCUUGAAGCGUUGCUCGAAGACAACGUUGAGGUCGUCACCGAUCCCAUUGACAGCAUAAAAGAACAGGGAAUAGUCACUCGAGACAAGAAUACAAACAACAGAACCGUCCACGAAGUCGACGUGAUCAUCUGUGCCACCGGCUACGACACCUCUUUUGUCCCUCGCUUCCCAAUUCACGGUCUCAAUGGAUUUGAUCUUCGACAAACAUGGGGAGAGAAAGGAGCAGCCUCAUACAUGUCGGUGGCUGUUCCCAAUUGCCCCAACUACUUCUUGACAGCGGGCCCGAAUACCCCCAUUAGCAAUGGCUCUUUGAUUCCAGCUCUCGAGCUCCAAAUUGAUUAUGCUCUUGCAUUUAUUAAGAAAAUCCAAACGCAAAAUCUGAGAUAUGCAGUCGUCAGCCAAGCAGCAACUGACGAAUUCAACGAGCAUAAAGAUGCGUUAAUGGAAGAGAUGACCUGGUCCGCAAAUUGCACCAGCUGGUACAAGAAUGGCAAAGCAGAUGGGAAGGUUAUCGGGCCCUGGCCAGGGUCGGUGACACACUUUCUCGAGGCAUUGGCGACACCAAGGUUCGAGGACUUUCACUAUGAGUACAAGAUCGGCAAUCGAUUCCAAUAUUUGGGGAAUGGACAGUCAUCGGCGGAUGCCAAAGGGUUAAACUUAGCAUGGUAUGUUAAGUAA